UUAUACUCCUUCCCCCUCCAAACGUUUUCUUCUCGAGCCAGUUGAAGAAACAAAGAAAAAACAAUUGACGGUGAUCGAUUGAUUGAUCAGAGAAAAAUGUCGUGGCAAACUUACGUUGAUGAUCACUUGAUGUGCGAAAUCGAAAACGGCCAUCACUUAUCCGCUGCUGCAAUCAUCGGUCAUGAUGGCAGUGUUUGGGCCCAGAGCUCGUCUUUUCCUAAGUUUAAUCCUGAAGAGAUUACUGCCAUCACAAAAGAUUUUGAUGAACCUGGGUCGCUUGCACCAACUGGGCUGCACCUUGGUGGCUCUAAGUAUAUGGUAAUCCAGGGAGAGCCUGGAUCUGUGAUUCGUGGGAAGAAGGGCGCUGGUGGCAUAACUGUGAAGAAAACGGGGCAAGCUAUGAUUUUUGGCAUAUAUGAUGAACCCGUUACUCCAGGGCAGUGUAACAUGGUUGUUGAGAGGUUGGGUGAUUACCUUGUUGACCAGGGUCUGUAACCCUCACCCCUGCUUGUUAAUUUCCUAUUUUACUUAUUGGUUAUGGACUUGCAUCUUUUUCCAUAGCCAUGAACUGGCAUUGAAGUUUUUUUUGGAGUUGGUGAUGAUAAUAAUCAUGUGAAGAGACUAAUUGAUUUUUUGGUUUGGUAGCUUUUCUGAUUCUCCAAUUCCCUUUGUUCCCAUGAUUAUGAGUAUUCAUUCUCCCUUUUGUUUUGACUCCAGUGGAGUU